AACAAGUUGAAUAAAACAUUAUUAUUAGUUAAAUUAAAGUUGUUGGUACUAACAAUCGCUACAAACAUGGAUCCAAUGAAAGUUGAUGUCAAAGAAAUUGAAAAUAUUUUUAAAUUAGAUCCAUAUUUGAAACCAUUUGAACGCGAAAUCCGAAGAAGGAGUGGCGUUUUACAAGAAUGGAUUGGGAAAAUAGAUAAACUCGAAGGAGGAAUGGAUACAUUUUCUCAAGGCUACAAAUACUAUGGUCUUCAUUUUCUACCAGAUAAUUCUGUUGUCGCCAGAGAAUGGGCUCCGGGAGCCAAAGAUGUUUAUUUAACUGGAGAUUUCAACAAUUGGCAGUGGGAAGCUACACCAUAUAAAAAAUUAGAUUUUGGUAAAUGGGAAUUGCAUAUUCCUGCUAAUGCGGAUGGAACAGCACCCAUUAAACACUUAAGUGAGAUUAAGGUAAUAAUACGCAAUCAAGCUGGUCAACUUUUGGAUCGGUUAUCUCCGUGGGCAAAGUAUGUGAAGCAACCUCCCAAGGAAGCUAAUCAGGGAGUUAACUAUAAACAAUACGUUUGGAAUCCGCCAGAAAAUGAGUGCUAUACAUUUAAGUACCCAAAAGCUAAAAGACCAAAAUCCCUACGUAUUUACGAAUGUCAUGUGGGAAUAGCUUCGCAAGAACCAUGUGUUGGCUCGUACGACAACUUUGCCGACAAUAUUAUACCCCGCAUUAAAAAGCAGGGAUAUAAUGCCAUCCAAGUUAUGGCGAUAAUGGAGCAUGCAUAUUAUGCAAGUUUCGGUUAUCAAGUUACUAGCUUUUUUGCCGCCUCCAGCCGCUUCGGCACUCCGGAUCAACUUAAACGAAUGAUAGAUGUUGCCCAUGCUAAUGGUUUAUAUGUACUAUUGGAUGUUGUUCAUUCACACGCCAGUAAAAAUGUUCAGGAUGGCUUAAAUCAAUUCGAUGGCACUAAUAGUUGCUACUUUCACGACGGCAAGCGAGGAGAACAUGCACUAUGGGACAGUCGUCUAUUUAAUUAUAUGGAAUAUGAAGUGUUAAGAUUUUUAUUGUCAAAUUUACGAUGGUGGCAUGAUGAAUAUAAAUUCGAUGGAUAUAGAUUCGAUGGCGUUACUUCAAUGAUAUAUCAUUCUCGUGGUAUUGGGGAAGGUUUCAGCGGUGAUUAUAAUGAAUAUUUUGGGCUGAAUGUAGAUACGGACGCUUUAAACUAUUUGGCUUUGGCUAAUCAUAUGCUACAUACUCAAAAUCCCGAAUGCAUAACAAUCGCCGAGGAUGUAUCCGGCAUGCCCACGCUGUGUCGUCCUAAUUCCGAGGGUGGCAUUGGAUUUGAUUAUCGUUUAGGUAUGGCAAUUCCAGACAAAUGGAUUGAAUUGCUUAAGGGAUGUUCGGAUGAUCAAUGGAAUAUAGGCAAUAUAGUUCAUACUCUUACCAAUCGCAGAUGGAAGGAAAACACAGUUGCAUACGCAGAAUCACAUGACCAGGCAUUGGUAGGCGAUAAGACCAUAGCUUUUUGGUUGAUGGAUAAAGAAAUGUACACCCAUAUGUCGGUUAUUUCUGAACCAAAUCUAAUUAUUGAUCGUGGUAUUGCUUUACACAAAAUGAUACGCCUAAUAACACAUGCUUUAGGUGGCGAAGCCUACCUCAACUUUAUGGGAAAUGAGUUUGGACACCCAGAAUGGUUAGAUUUUCCACGAGCUGGUAAUAAUGAUUCAUACCACUACGCUCGCAGACAAUGGAAUUUAGUGGAUGAUCCUUUGCUAAAAUAUAAAUAUUUAAAUGAGUUUGAUCGUGCAAUGAAUGAAUUGGAAGAACGAUUUGGCUGGUUACAUUCCGAUCCAGCUUAUGUUAGUUGGAAACAUGAGGGAGAUAAGAUCAUAGCUUUCGAACGCGCUGGAUUAGUGUUUGUUUUUAAUUUCCAUCCUACUCAAAGUUUUACGGGUUAUCGUGUUGGUACCAAUUGGGCUGGAACCUAUAAAAUUGCUCUAUCAUCUGAUGAUGAACUUUUUGGAGGAUUCAAUCGUCUCGAUAAAAAUUGUAAACAUAUUUCUAGAGCUGAAAAUUACGCUGGUCGUCAAAACUUUUUUGAAGUGUAUGCACCAGCACGUACAGCAGUAGUAUAUGAACAUAUUGAUGAUUAGUAAAUUUUUUUAUAUUAUAAAUUUUAAACCAUGGUGUAAAAAAUCUAUGCCAUUAAUCAAACUGUAACAUAUUUUUUAAAUUAAUAUGCAUCCGAAGUGUACAUAUACUUACAACACUUUAUUUAAAUAUUAUAUUUGGCGGUAUACUACAUUUAAUGACACAUUAAAAAUUAAAAUGAUAUUAAAAUUUCAAAUGAAAAA